AUGCCGCCUCAGCCAGGACAGGGAAGAACACCUGCUGCUGCCUCAUCCAAUUCAACUUCAGCCAACAACACCUCCACCACGUCGGCCCCACACAACCCCAUCGCCAAGGUCAUCUGGGAGGGGUCCAUACCCAUCCAGUUCUCCUGGGACAAGGCCGAGGCUGCCGCCGUAGGGUCAAGCGCCGUCGAAUCCUUCUUUUAUGAGGCUCAAAGGUGUUCGUACUUUUCACUGCUGACGAGUCAUGUCAGGAAGCACUUUGUCGACAUGGCACUUCACUUUAUUGGCGACGAUGCCGAGGUCUGGUAUGACUAUGAAGGAACGCCUUUGAAGUGGCAUUAUCCAAUUGGACUUUUGUACGAUAUCCACGGACUCCAGGCAUCGUCAGGUCGGGGUAUGAACGGAUCGUUGUUGCCCUGGAAGGUCACCGUUCACUUUCAAAACUUUCCCGGCGACAAGUUGAUCAAGAGUCAAGCUGUUGAUAUUUGCCAGGAUUACUUCAUGGCCAUGAUCAAAGAGGCCGAUUACUUGCGCAAUGGAACAACGAAAAAAGUCAUGAACAUGUCUAAAUCGGACCAGACACAGCUUUGGGAUGGAUUGUCUUCAAACAACUAUGACCGGUUUUGGGGCAUGAACUACAAAUUGAUGCAGAACGACGGUGUCAUGGCAAGGAAUCUCCCCAUCAGGAUAUACCUUCCCGAGAACUGCCCAGUGAUCCAGGAGCCCGUCUCACCCAUCGAUGACAAAGAACAACCAAAGACACUGCGGCAGAUCCUUAAUGCAUCGCUGCCAGAUUUGUUUCCACUUGUCGAAACAGGACCUCCCGUAGCAGGGGCUAUGAUCCACGGAAUUAUACCCAGCUUAGACACCAGCGCCAUCUGGGCGUCGCAAAACAUGUCCUAUCCGGACAACUUUCUGCACGUUGUUAUCAUCUUCAAAUGA